AUAAAAAUUGCCCUUUGGUGGUUUGAAACAAAGAUGUGGCAAUGGUGCCCGUAUUGUCAAAUGUCAAAUUGACAAGCCAAGCGUCAUUGACCAGUUAUUUUUAUUCCUGUUUUUUAAAUUAAAACAAUUUAAAAGUGUAAUUAUGAGUUCUGAUAACAUACUGGAAAACAUAUUUACACCGUUCCAGGAAUGCAUCAACAACGAACAAGAUGUGCGAGAGGAAAUAAGAAAUAUAAUGAAAGACAUAGAGAAGCCGCUCAGAGAGAUUGUCACCACGCUGCAGAUCAUCCACCGCACUCACAACGGGGAGGAAAUUUCAGCGGCGUGUUUUGCCGCGCGUGAGCUCUUUGAGAGUGUGAGGGCUGGCUACGAAAAAUUGGACGGUGUCGUUCCAGCUGGACAGUACUACAGGUACAACGAUCACUGGCGCUUUGCCACGCAACGUCUGUGCUUCUUGGCCGCUCUUAUUAUAUUCUUAGAGAAAGGCUUCCUUGUGGAUAAGGAAACCACAGCUCAAAUUUUGGGCCUACAUGAGAAAUCUCGCCUCCACUUGGAUUUGGAGGACUAUUUAAUGGGGCUGUUGAAUCUGGCGACGGAACUGUCGCGGUUUGCGGUGAAUUCAGUUACUUACGGGGACUACAACCGGCCUUUACAGAUCUCGAAGUUUGUGGCGGAACUGAACGCGGGCUUUCGUUUGUUGAAUUUAAAGAACGAUUCGCUGCGUAAGAGGUUCGACGCGCUUAAGUACGAUGUUAAAAAGAUCGAAGAGGUUGUGUAUGACUUGUCUUUGCGCGGUCUUGUGCCUAACAGAGGAGGAGAAGUAGUGGAAUAAUGGCAGUAAACUUUUUAAUGUACAAUUUACUAAAAUAAAUGAAUGGUUUAGAAUCUAAAA